AUGGUGUCGUCGCUCGACUCGCCGUGUCACCUCCACGCUGCCUCGCGCCGCCGGCUGGUCGCCGUGCUCGCGCCGCUGCUCCUCUUCCUCAUCGCCGCGCUCACCUUCCCAUCCGCGCUCCGCCUCCCGACGCUCUUCCUACUUGCGGCGCACCCUAACGACCGCCGUUCUACCCCGCCGCGGUCGCCGCUUCCGCCGCCGCCUCUUCCUCCUCCCCCUCCUCCCCGGGUGGCGGUGUGCCUGGUGGGCGGCGCCCGGCGGUUCGAGCUCACGGGCUCGUCCAUCGCGCGCCACGUGCUGGCCGCGCUCCCCGCCGGGGCCACCGACGUGUUCCUGCACAGCCCGCUCGACGCCGACGCCUACAAGUUCUCCCUCCUCGCGCGCGCCGCGCCGCCCGGGGUGGCGCUGGCCGCCGUCCGCGUGUUCCGGCCGGAGCCCAUCGACGAGACGCCGGAGCGUGCGGCCGUGCUCACCGCGGCCAACUCCCCCAACGGUAUCCAGGGCCUCCUGCAAUACUUCCGCUUGGUGGAGGGCUGCCUGGACUUGAUCCGCGAUCGUGAAUCCCAGGGCAACUUCACCUACGCUUGGAUCCUCCGCACGCGCGUGGACGGCUUCUGGACCGCCCCACUCGUCCCCGGCGACGCCUUCCACCCCGGCGCCUACGUCGUCCCGGAGGGCUCCAGCUUCGGCGGCCUCAACGACCGCCUCGGCGCCGGCGGCCGCGCCGCCUCCGACGCCGCGCUCUCCCGCCUCUCCUUGCUCCCGCGCCUCGCCGCCGCGGGCUACAGCGAGCUCAACUCGGAGGCCGCCUUCCAGGCGCAGCUCGAGGAGGCCGGCGUGCCGGCCCUCGAGCGCCGCUUGCCGUUCUGCGUGCUCAGCGAGCGGGCGUACUCGUCCCGGCCGGACCCCGGGUACGGCGUGCCGGUGGCGUCGCUGGCGAGCCCCGGCCCGCUCAGCGGCGCCAAGUGCCGGCCCUGCCGCCCGGCGUGCCGCGGCUGGUGCGCGGCGUGGCACGUGUCGCGGCUGGACCGCGGGUGGGGGUGGACCGAGUGGCGGAACGGGACGCUGGAGCUCUGCGACGCGAGCGGGGCGUGGGAGGACGGGUGGGAGGCGCUGUUCGACGAGGCCGCCGGAGCGGAGGCCGCGGAGUACCGGCGGAGGGUCGCGCGGAUGGGGCCGGUGGAAUGCGCGGUGGAGAUGGAGGCUCUCAGGGCGCGGGCGGAGCGGUGGGACGCGCCUAGCCCCGCUGAGAUUUGCCAAGUCGGGCUCCGAGAGCGAUCGGUGGAGGCGGCGAGUGCGUCCGGCUCGUUGUCGCGUGCGGACAGCACCACCGUUGCCACGGUUACGACUCAAACGUGA